AUGCAGGAGCAGGGGACGAGCUCGUUUCAGUCGAGCAGCGACAGGUCGUCGAGCUCGGCGGCGCAUCAGACGGAGGUGAACGGAGGUUUGCUCCUUCCCCUUUCUCCCUUUCCUCUCCACCAGCUUGAACCGAGAUUCGGAAUUUUAGAGCUCGACCAGGAAUCGGUGACUAGAUAUCUUGAUGCGUUUUUCCGAUGUUCGAAUUCUACCGAUGGCUUUCAAUCUUCGUCGCAGGCGGUCCGAUCCCACCCCCAAGAGUCCGUUGUUGUUUGAGAGGGAGAGGGUUGAGGGCCGCCUAGCUUUUAAUUUCUUCAGCAGAUUUUCUGAAAGAACUGUGUUCUAGCUUCAGUCGUUCUCCCUCUCUCUCUCUCUCUCUCUCUAGAGCCCGGAUUUGAAAACCUGUGUAAAAAUAGGGUUGGAGAGUGACGACGAGAUAAGGCGAGUGCCGGACUUUGGAGGGGAGACAGCAGCGGGGCCUUCCACCUCGGGGCCUCGUCAGGACCGCACCCGAGCCUCCUCCGCCGAGGCCGGCCAGCAGCGGAAGAGGGGCCGCAAUCCCGCGGACAAGGAGCAGAAGCGCCUCAAGAGGUACGUUGAUCUCUCUCUCUCUCUCUCUCUCUCUCUCUCUCUCUCUCUCUCUCUCUCCCUCUCUCUGUCUCUCUCCCCCUUUGUUCUUACUCGAAGAAUACUAGCCUGUGACUGAGAAAAUCCCAAAAAUAAUAUGUUGUGGUUGUAUUUGUCUGGGUCUCCUUUCUUGUUCUUUGGGGUUUUGUUCCUGCUCUCUCUCUCUCUCUCUCUCUCUCUCCCCUCUUGUUCUUACUCGAAGAAUACUUGCCUGUGACUGAGAAAAUGCCCUAAAAAUAACACCUUGCGGCGGUAUUUGUCUGUGUCUCCUUUCUGGUUCUUCCGAAUUUUGUUCCUGCUCUUUCUCAGUUCAGAGUAAAUAUAGUAUCUGUUCUACGACGGUGCAUCGAAAUCAAUGGAAACUUCCUCUCUUUCUCUCUCUUAAAAUUCUUUGGUGGGCGCAGGUUACUGAGGAAUAGGGUGUCGGCGCAGCAGGCUCGGGAGAGGAAGAAGGCCUACUUGACCGACCUGGAGACGAAGGUCAACGAGCUCGAGAAGCGGAACUCGGAGCUGGAGGAGCGACUCUCCACCCUCCAGAACGAGAACCAGAUGCUCAGACAUGUGAGUUCCUCUCCUCCAUCGAUCGCCCUUCUCCAUCCCUCCCUCCCUCCCUCCCUCCCGCCCGCUUGCUCGAUCAAAUGCCUUCGAACCUCCUCUCCUCGAGAUUUCGUCCGAUUUCAUGUUAUGAUCAAGAAGAUAAAAAAGAAGAAAAAAAUUGCAAAAGGAGAACAUCUCUGCGAUCUUUUUCAGAAAGCUCCCCGAUUUGAUCCGCCCAGUUCGAGAAUCUGAACAGAUUCGAAGCUAGCCGAUUUGAUCCGACCCAGUUCGAGAUUCUGAACAGAGUCAAAGCUCGCCGAUUUGAUCCGACCCGGUUCGAGAUUCUGAACAGAGUCAAAGCUCGCCGGUUUCUCACACGGUUCUUGUGGGCAGAUUCUGAAGAACACGACGGGCGGCGGGCGGAGAGGAUCGGGCGGCGGCAGCGCUGAAGGGGAGGCCUAG